AUGAAUCAUAAUACUACUAAUGAUCAAUUAUCAUCAUCAUCAUCAUCUGAUAAUCAGGAUAUGCUGAUAUCAGGUCGAAGAAGUUCAUCUCGAAUUAAUUCAAAGGAAGCUUCAAGUCUACGGCGUCGGUCUAGCGUUCAAGGUGGAAUUUCAAAAAAAGAUGCUUCUCAUAGUUCAAGAAAAUCAUCUAAAGGAACACCACAAUUAAGAAGAAAACAAAAAGAAAAUAAUGUUGAUUUACAAAUGGAAAUGGAAUGUUCAAAUGCUAAUGAUAUUCAUAAUUCAAGUUCAUCCGAAAAUCAUGAAGAUGAAGAACAAAAUCCUCUUAAUAUAUCAAGUGCUAGUGCUGAUACUAUUAUUGUUGAAGAUUUCGAUAAUAAUAAAAACUUACAAAAGCAACCAAUUGAAUAUUUUACACCUGUCAAUGGUACUGAUAGAGAAUAUAAAUAUAAUCCAUUUUCGGAUACAAACUUAAGAAGUCAUCUUGGAUUUAAACAUGGGUUUUAUUGCUAUUUAUAUCCAUCUCAAAUAAAACAACGUGAAAAUAUUGAAAAGAAACCGUCUAUUUUGCCACAUGUGAAAAAAAAACUUGAUACAGCUGCAAUUAAAUGCAUAGUAAAAGAUGGUUUAUCAUUUGGAACAUUUCGACAUCCUGGCAUGCAACAUUUUCUUGAUAUCAUUAAACCAGGUUAUCGUGGACCAUCCAGACAAACCGUUCGUAAACAUUUAGAUAAAAUGUACCAAGAACGAAGAUCUUCUUUAAAAGAAAAGUUUAAAAUAGUUCCAUUUAUAUCUUUAACUACAGAUCUUUGGAUGAAUUCUCGACGAUAUCAUUUCUUAGUAAUUACUGCUCAUUAUCAUAAUGAACAUUAUGAAACAUUUUCAGAUGUUAUUUCGAUUCGAUCUUUUCGAGGUCGGCACUUGAGUGCUCGAUUAAAAAAAUUUAUUCUUCAUGAAAUUAAAAAAUUAGAAAUUGAAACAAAAAUUUUUUCUAUUGCAACUGAUAAUGGUGGUGAUAUCAAAUCUGCAACAUCAUCACAAGAAUUUGGAAUAAGAUUUUCUUGCGAUGCUCAUAAUAUUAAUAGAGCAAUAUCAACUGGUUUAGAUUUAUGGAAAAAAACAACAUCAAAAAGUUGGUAUGCUCUCAGUUUCUUGUUUCAUCAUCGUCUGACUUCUUUUGAAUGGUUUAUUUUAUUAAAUGCAUUCGUAUUUAUUUUGUAUUUAGUAAAAAAAGCACCUAAUGAACAUACUCAUGAUUCUGAUGAUGACACAGAAAAAUCACGUCUUGUCGAUAUCGAUGUGAUUUUCGACGAAUGGGUUAAUCACGAUGAAAAUUAUUUAAAUAAUGAAAAUGAUGGUGAUGCUGAUUAUAUAACAACAUUAGGUGAUCAAGAUGAAACUGAUAGUUGUUCAGAUACUUCUGAUGAUGAUAAUAAUACAACAUUAACACAAUCACAAAAAGAUAGUCGAAUACAAGACGAGGAAGAACAAGAAGAAAUACAACAAUUAUUAUUAAAUCCUGAUAAAUUUUAA